AUGUCUCGCCAACCGUCGCCAAUGCGGGCUCCCCGCACAAAAAUCCUGAACGAAAAAUACCUGCUGGGCGAGGAGCUGGGGAAGGGCGCGAACGGGCGCGUGUUCAAGGCGCUGGACCUGCAGAACGGCGACUUCGUGGCCAUCAAGGAGGUGUCCCUCGAGAACAUCGACCAGGACGACCUCGCCUCUGUCAUGCAAGAAAUUGACCUUCUCAAGACGUUCAACCACAAGAACAUAGUCAAGUACCUGGGUUCCAUCAAGACCAAGACACACCUCUUCAUUCUCCUCGAGUUUGUGGAGAACGGGUCACUCGCAGGCAUCAUCAAGCCCAAUAAGUUCGGGCCUUUUCCAGAGUGCCUUGUCGCUGUCUACACUGCCCAGGUGCUGGAGGGGCUGAUGUACCUGCACGAGCAGGGCAUCAUCCACUGCGAUAUCAAGGGCGCUAACAUCCUCACCACCAAAGAGGGUCUGGUGAAGCUGGCGGAUUUUGGGGUGGCGAUGCGAGUGGAGGAGGCAGCGGCGUGCCAUGGGGACGCGGAGAACCCCAACGUGGUGGGCACGCCCUACUGGAUGGCGCCCGAGGUCAUUGAGAUGUCCGGCAUCUCGCCCGCCUCUGACAUCUGGAGCGUUGGCUGCACUGUCAUCGAGCUCCUCACCACCAAGCCGCCCUACUUCGACCUCCAGCCCAUGCCUGCACUCUUCCGCAUUGUUCAGGAUGACCUGCCGCCCAUACCAGAGAAUGUGUCUGCUGCCACGUCGGACUUUCUCCACCUCUGCUUCCGUAAGGACACCAAGAGCCGCCCGGACGCCAAGACUCUCCUGCGGCACCCCUGGAUCCGGCAGGCGAAGCGGGCAGUGUCCUCCGGCCUUGCUGCCAUUCCCCGGCCUGACGCGGUGAAGGACCUGCGGGAGGCAGCCAAGGCAGCACGCAAGUCACGAGCGCAGCGCCACUCUAUGGGCGGUAGCAUUGACUCUGGCGCCCCCUCUGACAGACCCGGGACUGCAGAGGACGCUGGUACUGGUGGUGGUGGCGGUGGCGGUGGUGGGGGGGGAGGGAGUGGUGGUGGGGGGAGUGGGAGUGGUGGGAGCAGUGGGAUCAGCAGCAGCGGUAUCCCGCUGAGUGGCAGCGGGCGCCGUAAGAUUAUCCGGUCCAAGAGCGACAAGGAGCUGAAUGCCAGAGACAGCGAGGGGCACGCGGAGGGCGGGGCGGGGGGAGCGGGCGGCAAGGACGGGGCGAGGAGGCAGAGGUGGAAGAGCGGGCAGGGGAUGGACGAGGAGGGCAGCAGGGAGUUUAUCAGCAUGCAGGGGGAGGGAGGCGUGUGGGAGGUCUCAGAUGAGGAGGAUGGGCUGGGGAGGGUGAAGGGAGGGAGAAGAGGAGCAGGGAGGGAGAGAGCGGAGGAGGAGGAUAGCAGUGGAGAGAUAGGUUCGGGAGAGGCUCGGCAGCAGCCGAAGCUGGGGCAGUCGAGCAGCACUGGUGGAGCAGGUCUGGGUGGUGGGGGAGGAGGGAGUGGGGCGAGCAGUGGACGAUCGAUGAGUGCGAGUCUGCCGUCGCCCCCGCGGUCCCACCGGGGGUCGCGCUCGCAGCAACAGUCUCCAGAGGGAGCGCAUGGGAGGUUGAGUUUUGAGGCGCCUCAGAAGGUCUCGCGCUCGCAGCAGCAAUCACCGGAAGGAGCACACGGGAGGGCGAGUGGGGGGAGGGCUGGUGGGGAAAACUUUCUGGUUGGGUCCUCUGGGGAGAAGGGUGGGGCGGACCAGGAGGAUGAGAGAAACGGCACGCCUGCUGGGAGGAAGGCGAGGCGGAGAUCGCAAGAUGGGGAUGGGACGGAUCGCGUGGGGGCACCCGGGGCGGAGGGUGGAGGAGCGGCGGGGGGAGCGGGGAAGAAGGGGGCGGGGAAGAAGAAGGAGCAGCGGCGCAGCGGCCCGCUGUCGGCCCCUACGGGCAAGUCAGGAAAGGGCGCGGGAAAGAAGCGAGGCUCGCAGCAACAGCAGGCACAACAGGAUGACGAUGGCAACAGUAACACCGAUCCUGCCAGCAGCAGCCUUCUCGCGCCACACACGGCCCCACAGCUCAUUCCCCGGCCCCUCUCCACAUUCAUCGAGACAGAGGAGGAGCGGUCUCUCUCCUCCCUCACAGCCAUGUUCGCGCCUCUGGCAGGGUCACCACAGGUGGCGGGGGGCAGCAGGAGCCUGGCGGGGGUGCUGAGGGAGAGGCUUGUGCGAGGGAUGCACCGGGUCGCUGUGAAGGCAGAGCGCGAGGGGAGCGACCCGUUUGCAGGGGUUGAGGGGCUGGAUGCGGUUGGGAGCGGUGCGGAGAGGGGAGAGGAGGAGGGUGGUGUGGGUAGGGCUGUGGGUGUUGCUGAUUUUGAUUCUGUGUUCUAUGGAGCGGCGACAGGUGGAGCGGCAGUGGGCGGGGGGGCAGAGCGCAAAUCGAGCCUGCGGCCAGAGGUAUCAGAGGCAGCGGGGCUGCUGAGCCAGCUGAAGCCAUCGCAGGGAGAGGAGGCGAUAGAGGUGGCGAGCAGCAGGCUGGCGGGGCUGGUGGGGGAGUACCCCGAGGUCAAAGGGGAGCUCGUUGCAACCCAUGCUGUGCUGCCGCUGCUCGACGUGUUCGAUGCUGACAGCCCAAGGGUGAGUGGGUGUGUCAGUGUUGGGGGCCAUGUGAGGCAGCAGCAGGCUGGCGGGGCUGGUGGGGGAGUAUCCCGAGCCCGAGUACUGGCAGUGCUUGGACUGCUGCAGCAGCUUAUCGCUGACAGCCCAGCCAUCCAAAGCCUGCUCUGCAAUGCCGGCCUUGUGCCCACGCUGCUCAACUUCUCCUCGCCGGGUCGCUGCUCACCAGACAUGCGCCAUCAGGCGGGCCUUGUGCUGCGCCACCUCUGCCACUCCAGGGAGCGGUUUGAGGUGGGGGAGAAGGGGGAGAGCCGGACAGGGGGAGGGGCGAGUGCGGCGGUGUAUCCGGCUUCGCUGUUUUGCGACAUUCAGGCUGAGGCGCUGAUGGCACUCUACAAUCUGUGCAGGGGCAGCAAGCGCAGGCAGGAGCUGGCAGCAGAAGCUUCCAUCGUUCCCCCGCUCAUGGCGCUCAUCUCCUCGCGCUCGCCUCUUCUCCCCUUCGCGUUACCUCUCCUCUGCCUGCUCGCCACUGCUUCCCGCGCUGCCUGCGACGCCCUGCUGCACCACAACGCGCUGCCUCUGCUGCUCUCCCUCCUCGCCGCCCCUCUCACGCCCCACGCCGCCAUUGCUGCCCGGCUUGCGGACGGCAAGAAGGACGGCGCCGGGGGAAAGGGGGGAGGCGGAGGAGGGGGGAGUGUUGCAGGAGGCGCAGGGGGAGCAGGGGCGGCAGGGGGAGCAGGGGGGACGGGGGGGAUGGGGAGUGGGGAAGGGGCGGAGAGGAUGUGGGGGGCGGCGGCGUUUGAGGCGGUGGUGGCGUGUGUGGUGAACGAUGGGGAGGGGCGGCAUGUGGAGCAGACGCUGCUGCGCCGUGACUCCCUGGAGGCGCUGGUGUGGUUCGUGCGAGGGGCUGCCAAGACCGCCUCUUUCACUGCGCUCUUCGAACCGCUGCUGCGCCUUGUCAGCAAGUCGCCAACGUUGAAUGCAGCACUGUCAUUAGGCGGGUUGGGCGAUCUGCUCGUGGCUCGCCUGGACGACCCUCAGCUGGAGCCAGCCGUGCGGCUGAACCUGCUCAAGCUGCUCAAGGCGGUAUACGAGCAGCACCCGUACCCCAAGGGACUGUCUGUGCCGGAGGAGCUGCCAGGGAAGCUGCAGAGGCUGACAGAGGAGCGGCGCAUUGCAGGCGGGCAGCAGGUGCUGGUGCGACAGAUGGCGUCCGCCCUGCUUAAAGGGCUGCACUUCGGCCCGCCCAGAUAA